CAUCAGCGCCGCGCUGACUGAAUCCCGUGGCGGAGGGGCUGCUGGUGGCUGUUUCGCUGAGGGUCGCUGUCCUGCCGGCGGCAUGUUACCGGCUGUGAAAACUGAGGAUGCGGAAGAGGAGUACGCGGAGGAUUGUCCUGAAUUGGUCCCCAUUGAGACCAACCACCAAGAAGAAGAGGAAAAUCUUGACUUCAUCAAUAAGAUUCCAGUCACAAUUAUCACCGGGUAUUUAGGUGCUGGAAAGACAACACUUCUGAACUAUAUUUUGACAGAACAACAUAAUAGAAAAAUAGCAGUCAUUUUAAAUGAAUUUGGAGAAGGAAGUGCAAUAGAGAAAUCCUUAGCUAUCAGUCAAGGUGGAGAACUCUAUGAAGAAUGGCUGGAACUUAGAAACGGUUGUCUCUGCUGUUCAGUGAAGGACAAUGGCCUUAGAGCUAUAGAGAAUCUGAUGCAGAAGAAGGGAAAGUUUGAUUACAUACUCUUAGAGACUACUGGGCUAGCAGAUCCUGGUGCAGUGGCUUCUAUGUUUUGGGUUGAUGCUGAAUUAGGGAGUGAUAUUUAUCUUGAUGGUAUCAUAACUGUUGUAGAUUCAAAAUAUGGAUUUAAAGUAAGUUGAGCAAAUAGAAGUUGGUAAUUGUCAACGAGUAGGAAUGGAGUGGGGGUGGUUCU